AUGAAUACGCUCUACCUGGCCGCGCUGGCCCUUGUCCUCAUACCGACUUUAUACAUGUACACUGCAAACACCAUUCGAUCUAGCUUUCCCACCAUCCGUGGCAAGCGCAUCUGCUUGCUUAUUGCGCAUCCCGACGAUGAGGCCAUGUUCUUUGCGCCCACGGUGCUAGCGCUUACCAGACCGGAGCUUGGGAACCACUUUAGGAUACUUUGUCUGAGCACAGGCGAUGCGGAUGGACUAGGCGAAACGCGCAAGAGGGAGCUCGUCAAGAGUGGUCUGCUCCUGGGCCUUAAGGGCGAAGACGAUGUCUAUGUGGUGGAUAACAUGACUGACUUUCCCGAUUCGAUGACGACGACCUGGGACGAAGAAAAGAUUGUCGAGCUUCUCAACACAGCCCUCGCACCCAAAGCCAACGAUCGCAAUGUCGACAAACCGCCCCAGACAAACGUCGAUGUACUCUUGACUUUUGACGGCCAAGGUGUCUCGUCACACCCAAACCACAUAUCUCUAUACCAUGGCGCCCGCGCCUUUGUCGCAGCUCUCGUCAAAGGCCGACCUGGGUGGAAAAGCCCUGUCGAUCUAUACACUCUCACAUCCGUCAACAUGGUACGAAAGUACAGUUCUAUUCUAGACGUGCUCGCCACUAUGUCGAAGCAGGCAUUUCGGGGGAUACGUGGCGGCAAGGAAAGGCCGGCCAGCCUAGUCUUCGCGAGCCAACUGUUCGGCAGCAAGGGUGCAUGCUAUGCUACAGGACGCAAAGCUAUGACAGAAGCGCACGUCAGCCAAAUGCGUUGGUUCCGGCACGGGUGGAUCAUUCUCAGUCGAUAUAUGGUUGUGAAUGACCUGCGCCUCGACAACGACAAAGGAAGGGUGGCAAUGGCGUUUGCUGGCUGGCUGGUCAAGGGGUUCGUUCUGUCCACCGCUCAACCGCUUUUGGGUAUCAAUAAAGCCGGCGUCCCUGACAAACAACAGCUCGUCCAGACAUCCUCCACACUGAUUGCCUUCGACUUUAGUUUUGCCCUUCCGCAGGCUAUCUUGAGAUUCCUGUCUUACAUUGUUGCGCUGACAAUGUUUGCUGGUGAAAUUACUUUCAUCAGGCCUCGCGCCGUCAAGAGCAAAAAACUCCGAAGCACCACCGCCAUAGAGCUUCAGCCCUGGCGUGAAGUCGAGCGGACAUCACAGCACAAGGUUCUAUCGAAAGGCGACAGGUUUCAUUCUGGUGUGAAGAGGGAUGCAGUGGUGUUUCCCAGAACUGGCCCCACGAGAAGAUCUCCGUGGCCAUCCCACACAGGCCUCUCUCACGGGCAGACCGACAACAACAUAUUUCCCCAGGGUCUUGCAAUGGACAUAUUCCGGGGGUCACACUUGGGCGACCCCAUUGUUAUCGAUGAUGAGGAGCGCUCCCCUGUUCCAAUACGCACCACUUCGUUCAUAAACGGCAUAGGCCCGCUGCCGCCGUUUCCAGUCCGCCCACGGGACCUCGACUUGCGCCUAGAGCGCUUUGUGCCUCUAUUUCGGAUACCAGAACUGGGAGACACAAGGCCCGACGGGUCACUAGCCGGACUUCAGGUUCCGACAUGUACUACCAUUCAUGCCAGUCAUGGUCCCAUUUACGCUGCUGAAUACUAUGAACGCCAGUACACAAGGUCUGCACCCGUCAUAUUCUCUCUAAGGCAGUCUGGGCACUACUCAAGGAACGUGAACAUCCCUGAGCAGGCUUCUACGCGUGUCUCGAAUUCAAACGCCACCCCUGGUGGCUUUCCUCAUGGUAGCCCUGCUGCAAAGGGCGGCCAUGUAGGCAACAUUGAGAGGCAUCCGCACAGCGUCGCGUCGCCCAUGCCUCAGGACAUGUCAAAAGCACCCGAGAUCUCUCCAGACGUCCCAGCUUCAGCAUCCGACUCUCAAGCCGAGAAGAAGGAAGACGACUGCGAAGAGUGUGCAGGCACAAGCGAGCUCCCGCCGCAAGCAAAGAGACGAGAUAGCACAUUGUCCACCGCUACAAUCGACCUGGGACUCUUUGAUGGGGCUCAGGCUACUCCUACCGAUAGAGACUCGACUAAAGCACCGGAGCCCGGUCAAGGAGAGUGGGUCCAGAAGUAUGAGGUCGACAUGGACGCGCUCAAGGCGCACGACAAGGCGAUUGCGAUGAAUCCACGGAACAAGGUGUUCUCGUGA